AUGACAAAUAACUCAAAGCUCCUUAAUGCUGUUAAAACAUCAUCCUUUACUGAUCACAUUGCUCCUGAUAAUAGGAUACCCACCAUUGAAGUUGCCUUGGAGAAUGAAAAUAAAAUUACCAACAAACCAAGAAACUUGUUAAGUGGAGGGUUUUCUUGGGUGUUGCCUACUCCUAGAGAUAAGUACGAAUUCUUAAUUGCUAAUCCCAAAGCAUUGAAAGAUUUGGGACUAGAUCCCGCGGAAGUGGAAGACCCCAUUUUCCGGAAAAUUAUCAGUGGCGAAUUUUAUGAGGAUAGAAAGAGUUUUUUGGAUAAAGGUUUUCCCAUGCCAUAUGCACAAGCAUACGCUGGAUGGCAAUUUGGACAGUUUGCAGGACAGUUGGGAGAUGGGAGGGUUGUCAAUUUGUUUGAGAUAGACAAGACAAAGAAAGAAAAUCUAAAUAGACACAAAUACGAGCUUCAACUCAAAGGUGCUGGUCUUACCCCAUAUUCAAGGUUUGCUGAUGGAAAAGCAGUCUUAAGAUCCUCGAUUCGUGAAUAUAUUAUAUCAGAGCAUUUGAAUGCUAUUGGAAUACCUACGACUAGAGCUCUUUCAUUGACUUAUUUACCUACAACCCUAGCACAACGACAUGCUGCUGAAAGAUGUGCAAUUGUGGCACGAUUUGCAGAAAGCUGGGUAAGAUUAGGAUCAUUUGACUUAUAUCGGUAUAGAGGUGACCGCGAGGGUGUGCGCAAGUUGUCGGAUUAUGUAAUUUCGGAGUUGUUCACCAUAGAUGGUAACAAGUUUCAAAACUUUGAACGUAUUAGUAAGUUGAGGCCGGAUUUGACCAAGCUAAAGGAUGAGUCGCUUACCGAUUAUGACAAAAUGUAUUAUGAGACAAUUAUCAGAAAUGCUGAGACUACCGCAAUUUGUCAAUGUUAUGGGUUUUUAAAUGGGGUUUUGAAUACUGACAAUACGUCUAUACUAGGACUUACCAUAGAUUUUGGACCAUUUUCCAUCAUGGAUAAAUAUGAUCCAAAUUAUACGCCCAACUCAGAAGACCAUGAGUCUAGAUAUGGGUAUAGAAAUGUGCCAACAGCAAUAUGGUGGAAUUUGACGCGUUUAGGGGAGGAUUUGGCCGAAUUGAUAGGAGCAGGGCAAAAGUUGUUGGACAAUCCUGAGUUUAAAGAGGGUGUGAAGGAGGAAUGGGAAGAAGACAUUAUAUCUAGGGCAACAAGGAUUAUAGAAAUGGGUGGUGAAAUAUACCAAUAUGCCUACACCAAGAAAUACGUUGAAACAUUUUUCAAAAGAUUGGGAUUGGCUCAAGAGCUAAUCGACGACAAGAAUCCGGAUGCACAGAAUGUUCAAUUACUAGUGCCAAUGUUGGAAGCGUUGGAGAAAUUACAAACCGAUUUCAAUUUGUUCUUUUUGAAGCUACAGAAUGUCGAUUUCAAUUCAUCUUAUGAAGAAAUAGCUGAGCUGCUUUUGGAACGAUAUGAUCCAAAUACCAACAGAAACCACAAAGAGGAUAUUGCUAAACAAGUGAUUGACUGGCUCAAGAUAUACCAUGGGUUAAAGAAAAAUUCAGCUGAAUUCCAUGAUGUUUCAAAUGCUGCACAUUAUAACCCCAGAUUUUUACCUAGAAACUGGAUUCUCGAUCAAGUAAUUGACAAGGUAUCGGAAUCAAGGGGCCAAGAUAUCAGUUAUUUGCAAAAAUUACAAGAUAUGAGCUCCAACCCAUUCAAUGAUCAGCUUUGGGGUGAUGAAUUGAAGAAUGUUGAGGAGUCAUGGAUAUUACAAGGAGAGAAGGGAGACGAAUAUUCUAUGUUGCAGUGCAGCUGCUCGAGUUAG